UUGAGCGCAGAGCAAGUGGAAUGAAGUUUAGUUAACUUCUAUAUGCGUCUGUGUCUGACUUCACUGUAUAAUGUAUCGCUAAAUGUUACAUUGUGUUUAUUCUGCGGCCAUGUAUAGAUUGCAGUGUAUCGUUUGUGUAGUGUUUGUGGUGUUUAAUUUGUCGUUAUGCAUGAAGACCACCCGAUGGGAUCUUCUCAAUGCCAGAAAGGAGCAGUGCUGUUGUGGUGCUGAGCGAUGCAUGCCUCGUUUCAGACUCUACACUGCUCAGGAUGUGUGUGUCCGUGUGCGACUUUGUGUAGAACCUCUAUUGGCUAAUAAAACCCUGAAGAUAGAGUUUAGUAACUCUGAGACUGCUGACUCCUACACGUUUCUUAUCUGGAAACAAAACCACACUGUUUUGGUAUGUCUGUAGCCCACUGACCUUUUGUUUUCAAACAAAAAUAACAAAAAGGUAUAUAAAGCUAGUGAGCAGUAUUUGUAGUUUUGAAAAUGUUGUAGAAAUAUAUUUUGUGUUUGAGAAGCAGCAUGAACAAUGAAGCUCAUGCAUCGUCAUAAUUAUUUGCGCUCUAUAUGUGAAUUGAUCAAUGAUCUGAUUUAAGGGUGAUUAUGAUAUAUUGUUAAAAUAUUGGGUAACACAAUGUACAGCUUAAAUAAAUAGAAUUUACAGCUUAACUAAUUGUAACAACCAUGUACCUCUACAGUACAUUUCUGUAGGUAAAGUUAGGGGAAGAAAGAAGUCAGGAAAAAAGGUAUACUGUUAGUAUUUUAAAACUAAGGGGUAACUAUUUUAAUACUAUGUGGUAUGCAUGACUGGAGUAUACUUCACAACAGCGUGAACAUACACUACAUUUUUGGUAUCACAAUGAACCCAUAAAUAAGCUGCUGUGGAUAUUAAUUAAGUACAGGGUUCUUAUUUUAUUAUUAUAGCAAACAUGAAAUAAGGGGAAAUUAUUUGUUUCAGUUUUUGCAAACAACACGAAUGAAGCACUCAGACUGUCUGUCAACUGUUAAUUUGACAGAGUUUUAACUUUAGGAUUAAUUUUCAUUAAUUUAGGAUUGUUGGUUACAAAUGAUUUAUUUUAGUUAUGAGUUAUUUUGAGGUUUAUUUUUGUAAAAUUUAUUAAAUCAAUGUUGAUCUUUUGAGACUAUAAUCAAGCGGUUUGAUUUGGUUAAGCUGUAAAUCCUUUUUAAUUAUGCGGUACUUUGCGGGCCGUAAUCUAAAGCGAUAGCAAAAAUGGUUUGUGUUCUAAAAAUGGACAGGUCAUACAAAUAGGUAAAUGAUGAAAGAGCUAUUCAAUUCUUUUGGAGGAAUGACUCCUUCAAGGUGUGAUCACACUGACAAGCUUCCAUGUAGUUUGUUUAUAGAACUUUACAUUACUAACAGUAUCUGCUACACAUCUUAAAUCACCUUAUUAAAAAUGAAUGACUUUGUCACUGUGGUUUACUUGCACUGUGAUCCUAUUUUCUUUGUUAGUGGAACAGCACAAAUGAUGAGCAAGGUUUUCAGCUUCAUGAUACUAAAAUACAGAUACGUAAUAAAACAUCCGACCAGACGUGUAGGAUUCUACGCUUUGUUUCCUAUUUCCUGGCCCGGCCAGGCCAGAAGGUCAAUGUGUCUGUUUACAGCAAAAAUGAGAUGCUCACUAGCGCAGAGCACAUCACACCAGAUUGACCCGCAGGUAAAUCAGACUUUUAAUCUGAGCUUCCCCUACCUGCUGCCAUGUCUUUGUGUUCAGUUAUGGUAUACAGGAAAAGACGCCAAAAGAAACACCCAGUGUCCCCUGAAAGAGACGUUUCUUCCACAUGGAGGCGACAUCUUGUCCUCUAGCUCAGCGAGAGUCAUCGGCUCUGUUCUGACCUGGAAGCCUGUCUGCCCUUCUGACCAGUCCAAUGUCACCAUUUCUCUGUGCUGGCUUCUCCUUGAGCAGGGCUCUCAUUGCGUCCCUGACUCCAAUGCUGCCCUCUAUGGGACAAACCUGAAAUACAAUGUAUCUGCUGUAGAUAAACACCCUCAGAUGUGUGUAAAGUUUUCCUUAAACGGCAGUCGUCAAAUCUUCUGUCCCUUCAUGUCAGAGGAUGGCUCCGAAUGGAGAGCGACAGUUGUCCCUAAAUCUCUGCAUCUGCAAAUACAUCUGACAUCCAAUAUUGCAGCUUCUUUUGCAGCGCAGCUCUGCGCCAGAGAGGGAGACAAGUGUGUUCCUCAGGGAGAUGUCCACUCAUGUCAAGUGGAUGAGGGGCACACAGAGGCUGAACUGAGCGUGCCGUUUUCUUUUCUCUCAUCAGGACUGUGUGUGCAGGUGUGGCGCUUAGAUCUUCAGGGAAGACGAAUAAUUUGCCCUGAUUACACACACAGGCGAUGGGGUCUCAUCAUUGGAGCUGCAUUGUCUCUUCUGGCCGCAGUGAUGGUAGUGGUCUGCAUCACGUGCUGUUUGAUCAAAAGAAAAAUAUCAGUUUGGCGCUGUGCUGAAAGAAGACCCCUGCUGCUCGUGUGUUCGUCUGAUGAUACAGCCCACAUUACUGCCGUGUGCUCUUUAGCGUCCGGCCUACAGGACGAGCUCUUCAUGGAUGUGAGGCUGGCACAGUGGUCGCAUUGUCGGUCUCAGCCCUCUCUGGCUCAGCUGGGACCCCAGCCGUGGCUGUACGGCCAGUGUCAGGCCGUGCAGAAGGCUGGCGGCGUCAUCCUGAUCGCAUGGAGUCUUGAUGCUCACCAUAGUUAUCUAAGAUGGAGAAAGAGCCAUUCGCUCUUGGAGAAAAAAUGCUCAUCCAGAGUCUGUAACAAAGGCAUGUACAGUGAUGUUGAACCUGGAUGUGAAGACCAGGAGAAGACGUUUUAUGAUGAAGAGUUGAUAGAAAAACCAAGGAAUUCAUCUUCAAUCACAGCUGUUGUUUUCAAUGCGGCCCUCUCCUGUCUGUGGACUGGAAUACACAGUGAUUUUCAUGGUGCAGGAUUUGGAUUGGUUUGCUUCCAGAGUCUUGACACAAGCAAUCGCAUCCCUAAACUAUUCAGGUGUGUUCAGAAGUACAGUCUCCCUAGAGACCUGUCCACUUUAAUACAUGACCUGGGAAGCUCAAGGAAUGGGGUUGUAAACAGCAAAGGAAACAAUCGAUGCUGGCCACGUUUUCUUUCCAAAGGUCUUUCAUUUCUAGUGUCGCGUCAGCUUGCAUUGAGACUGGCGUCAAAACUCCCUGUGUCAGACAGAGGCAUCUCGAAAAUCCCUCCAAAGUUCUCGCACAAAAUAAAAGGCAGUACUAAGCAAAAGACGUUAAAACAAAAGAAGCGUCACAGGAACGUUGUGUCAUCAAUUUUGUCAAGAAAGGAGUGUUUGAAGAACAAUAAUACAGCAGAGCUACUAAGAGAAAACCUAUUGCAUUGACAAAAAUGCACACUGCAAAUCCUGUAUCCAGCCUCAGCAUGCAACAUCAAAUUACUCAGUUUACUGAAUACGGUAGUAAAUAGUACCACUCACCUCAAGAGGAGCAGCGAUUGACAAAGACAAUUAUAAAUUUCAAAACCAGAACAGUAAAGAACUAAAUCUGUGAAUAUUGUACCAUAUCGACUUCAAGUUUUGACACCUGGAGAAUGUUACCAGACAACCGCUUAUGUUGUUAUGAAUAGUUAAUGAGUAAAAUGAGAAAAUGUGCACUGAUCCGUUUGUCAAACAAGCAUGUAUGUAUUCUCCCAUUUGUAUUUGUCCUGUUGUACUCCAUUAGAACCACAACCGUUUUUAAUUUUCAUUUUUUUAUUGUAAUUUUUUUAUUUAAAAAAAAGAGAGAUCUGAAAAAAUAAAUGGUUCUCUAAAUUGUUAAAAUA